AUGGGAAAUGGCUUCAAAUUAUGGUUACGGGCGUCGCGGGUGCUGCUGGUGGGGCUGCGGGGCCUGGGGGCAGAGGUGGCCAAAAACCUCAUCCUGGCCGGGGUCAGGGGGGUCACCCUGCUCGACCAUCGCCAGGUUUCCCAGGAUGACUGUGGUUCCCAGUUCCUGAUCCCAUUCCCAUUCCAGCUGUCCCAAGAGGACCGUGGUUCCCAGUUCCUGAUCCCAUUCCCAUUCCAGGUGUCCCAGGAUGCCAUCCAUGCCCAGUUCCUGAUCCCAUUCCCAUUCCAGGUGUCCCAGGACUGUGGUUCCCAGUUCCUGAUCCCAUUCCCACUCCAGGUAUCCCAGGAUGACUGUGGUUCCCAGUUCCUGAUCCCAUUCCCAUUCCAGGUGUCCCCGGAUGACUGUGGUUCCCAGUUCCUGAUCCCAUUCCCACCCCAGGUGUCCCAGGACGACCCCUGCUCCCAGUUCCUGAUCCCAUUCCCAUUCCAGGUGUCCCCGGAUGACUGUGGUUCCCAGUUCCUGAUCCCAUUCCCAUUCCAGGUGUCCCCGGAUGACUGUGGUUCCCAGUUCCUGAUCCCAUUCCCACCCCAGGUGUGCCUGACGUGCUGCUCCCGGGAGUCCAUGGUCAGGAUCAACCAGAUCUGCCACCAGAGCGGGGUCAAGUUCUUCACCGGGGACGUUUUCGGCUACCACGGCUUCAUGUUCGCCGACCUGGGCCACCACGAGUUCGUGGAGGAGAAGCCCAAGGUGGCCAAAGGCAGCCCGGGGGUGGAGGAUGGACCCGAGGCCAAGCGGGCCCGGCUGGACCCCCCCGAGACCACCCGGAUGGUCAAAAAAUCCGUGUCCUGGGGCAGUGUUGGUGAUCCCAGCGUUCCCAUUCCCCCUGUAAUUCCCAUUUUUCCCAUUUUUCCCCCAGUUCUCCUGACAUUCCGCUCGGAGCAGGGCCGGGAUCCGUGUCCCGGGAGCGGCUCCGAGGACUCCGAGCGGCUCCUUCGGCUGCGCCGGGAGGUGUUGGAGGCCCUGGGGGUGGGGCCGCAGCUGCUGCCGGAGCACUUCCACAG